AUGGAGAAUAAUUUCUGUUUGAAAGCUUUUCUCCUUCUCGGUGUAGAUCCUAACCGCCCUAUAAGAAAAUGGUUUGUUACUUUCAACAACUUGUUAGCAGCAUGGAUUAUGUCUCUAUCUAUAUUCAAGUGUUAUCUCGAUAGAAAUCUAGAAAAUAUAGAACCAAUAAGUUUAAUUAUUAUGAUAUUUGUUAAAUAUUUUUCGCUUGCUUUUGGUGCCAAAACGGCCAAACAAAUUCUGGAAUCCAAGGAACAAUUUUGGGAAGUGGAUAUUGUUGAUGACGAAAUAACGUAUUUAAUUCAAUAUAUGAAAGCAAUAGAAAAAUGGUAUGAAAGUUCCGUAAUUGUCGGCGCAUGUAUAUAUACAGUACUCCCCUUACUUUCGAUACACUCUUCUGUGUUUAACUGCAUUAUACCUCAUUAUAUACCGUUUCCAUUAUUUUAUAUCGUCGAAAUUUACAUAAUUAUAGUUAGCUCGUUUGUCUUUGUUUAUUUCAAUAUAUUUGUAUGUUCUCUCAUAGUUUCGGCUACUAUUCAAUUUAGACUAGUAAAUUUGAAAAUUAGGGAUCACAAUCUUAAAGAUAUUGAAAAUAACCGGGAUGUUGAAGUGUAUGUUCGGAACAUGAAGAAGAUAAUCAAACAUCAACAGUUACUUAUGAGGUACGUCGACGAUUUAAAUACAGUAUUCAGUGCGCCAAUUGCUUUGUUGAUGAUGACUAGCAUUACCAUAUUGUGUAUAAAUAUGUACACUACAACAGUAACUGAAUGGAAGUUAUCGAAUCAAGUUAGACUGUUUCUGACAAUAUUAUGUAUACUCACAGAAUCAUUUUUUGUGUAUGGCUUUCCCGCGCAAGUAAUGAUGGAGCAGCAACAGAUAUCUGACCUUAGAGCCUUAAAUCCUGUUCUGUUCUGUUCAGGCAGUAUCCAGAGCACGGGCGGGCUGGCGACGAGGUAA